AUGACUUUGCCUUUCUCGGCACUGACGCGACUAGCUCCGUGCCGCCUUCCUUUGUUCCUGGGCGGAGCUUGCGAGGCGUGGUCCCUCUUCGCACUGGCGGCCUCGGCUUUCCCGGGGGUCCGCUUUCCCGGGCUGGGUUGUCAGCUCCAUCUCUCGAGUCUCCUCCUUUGGCGCCUUCUGAUUUCUUCCCUGGCCCUGGGGUUGUCGCCGGCGCCGCCGCCGCCUCUGCCGGGCCCCCCGUUGGCCGGUCUUUUCCGCUGGGCGUUCCUGCCCAGCCCCUGGCUAGGCAACGCAGAGGUGCAGAAGACUGCAAACCGAAUUAAGUGA